AUGGACCUUAUUGCCCUGGGAGUAGGAAGCACCCUCGGUGCUGGCGUUUACGUCCUCGCUGGAGAAGUUGCAAAAGCAAAUUCCGGACCUAGCAUUGUAGUUUCUUUCCUCAUAGCAGCCUUGGCUUCUGUGAUGGCAGGGCUUUGUUACGCAGAAUUUGGUGCUCGUGUUCCAAAGACUGGCUCUGCCUAUCUGUAUACUUACGUCACUGUUGGCGAACUCUGGGCUUUUAUCACAGGCUGGAAUCUCAUUUUGUCUUAUGUCAUAGGUGAGUUUGGAAGAUCUCGGAGGCUCUUAAGAAAAUGCCAACCACAGCCUACUUGGCUUUUGUCUCCUGGCUGCUGUUCAUAACUGGAGUAAUCUUUUGCUUUCAUGCAUAAAUGUGCACAGAGAGAGAGGGAGAACACUUUUGGGGGGACAUGCUCUCAAUGUUCCUGACCUUUUGGUGGCUAUGGCAGCAGUGUGAAUGGGACAAUAUCCAGCAGCCAGCAAUAUGAGAAGGGGAUAGAAUUGCAAUGCAUAGAAAUGAUGAGAGGUGAAUGGCAUAUGGGCUAGGAAAAAGGUUUUUCAAGCACAAGAAUAGGGUGUGGAUCCCUGUAGUGGUUAUGGAAACCAAAGGAAAUGAACAGUAGUCAUAUUAGUUAUUCUCUUGGUGUAUGCGACUAAAUUAAAUAUACCACUACAUUACGUGAUGAUUUGACUUUUCAGGCAUUAAUGAGCUCAGGGCAGUGUACGUUCUCACCUUCAGCAUUUACCCUAUAAAGUUGGUUGGGCUGAUGUGACUUGCCCAUUGUCGACCUGUAAACAAAAUUGCUAGUGGAGAAUUGACCUCUGGCCUCCCAUGUCCCACUCCAACACUUUUUCUACUAUGCCACACUUGUGCACAAGCCACGUGUAGAUUCCAGAGAUAAAAUUAUGCUCUCUGAGAGCAACAUCAGACAAUCCCCAAAUUGCUUUUGAUGACAUGCCUCUCUUGACAAAGAGGACAAAGCCUUUGAUGUCACUGCAACCAUCCAGCAUAUUUUCUAAAUAGUGGUAGAGAUAAUUAUUUAAUUUUCUUUUUGCAAAUAAAUAAUUUUUGCUAAUAUAAUUCUUAGAACAAAUACUUGGUUUCUCUUGUCUUCAACCGUUGUGUAAAUAAUGUUGGGUGUGUGGUGCAGCAUUCAUCUUCCUUUUGAAGACAGAGCAGCAAGAGUUUCUCAGAUUGUCAUUGAACAUGAGGCCCCCGUGCUUAUUCCUGAAAUUCUCACCGCACAGAGCAAUCAGUGUGGUCCUGGGAAUGUGCACGUAUGGAAGAGGCAAUUUCUGACUCUGUGUUAAUGUGAAUAACUGCUGGGAAUUUUCAGCCAGGACUAGGCAAACGCAGAGACCCAUUUCUCAGUCACUGCCAGAAAGCAACAGCUGGGACUGAGGGACAUGAUUGGUUAGGCAUUGCUUCUCCCACAUGGCUGUAUCCCUUGGGAUGCUCUGCAUGGAAAACGCUUCACGGUUCCACCCAGUUGGUUGCUGUAAAUAUUAAAUAAAUUAACUGUGCUGUCAGUUGGUACAAUGUUGUUGCUAGAAAUAACAAUACAAUGCAUUGCAGCAACAGGGCACCCUUGAAAUACAGUCAUAGCAUGUAGAAAAAUGAACUCGCGCUGUAGCAAAAAAAAAGGAAGAAGCACUAAAUAGACUGAAAAUGCACAUUUCCUUGUGAAGUGUGUAUUCUAAGAAGAACGUAGAGUUUUUGGCAAGAUUUCCAGAAAAUGGGGUGAGGCCAAUGCUAUUCCCACUCAAAGUAGAUCCACUGAACUUACUGGAAAUAGCUGGCUUAAGUUCAUUAAUUUCAGUGUGUCAACUUUGAGUAGAAUUAGCACUGGGUACAACUUACUAUCUCAUUUCAUUGCUUCAUCAAAACCAACUUAGAAAUGAGGGAUUUCUCAUGGUAGCAGCUGAAAAUAACCUUCUGGCCUGUAUCUGGUCUCUUCCAAAAAACUGUAUUAUCCGAUGUGAGUCAUCUGCAGUUUCCCGAAUGGGGAUUUAUUGUUUCCAAAAUAGAAAUUUAUUCCCAACAUUAGGAAGGGGCACAAGGCUGCAACAUAACACGAAACCACAUCCAGAAUAGAGAAGAGCACAGAUAUGGGCCUCAAUAGCCCAAUAUGUCUCAAUAACAGCGAAAGAUUCCACAAUAUUAAAUAUAUAAUAAUGCCUAGUAAAUAUAUGUAGGUUUUGUCUUUUACAAUUCUAAUAAUUGCAUUUUGAUGUCAAUUUGUUCCAUUUCAUUAAGGUACAUCAAGUGUAGCAAGAGCGUGGAGUGGUACCUUUGAUGAACUCCUUGGGAAACAAAUUGGUUACUUUUUCAGGACCUACUUCAGAAUGAAUUAUUCAGGUCUAGCAGAGUACCCAGAUUUUUUUGCUGUCUGCCUUAUAUUGCUCCUAGCAGGUAAAAAAUAUAUAUACUUAAUAUUCAUUUUUCUUAUUGUAAUUUUGCUACCCAGAGGGCAGGGUAUGUUUAGCCUCAAGCAUGACAUAUCUGCAAGUUUAGGAAUCCUAUCAACCUGUGGGCCCAAAAAUUUGGUUCUAGUUUUUAUUCUGUCACUUUUGUUUCCUUUUGAACAAUAUCUUCAUACCUCAGUUUAGGAUAUUCUAAUUUCAAGUGGAGAUCACACAUGCAUAUCAUUGCAAUUCUAGAUUAUAAUUUCUUUAACUACUUGUGGAAAUGUUUGUGUGUAUACUGGAUAUAUGUAUCAUACAAGGGUACAAACUUUAGGAAAUUAAAAUGAAAAUUCUAAUCCAGUGCAGCCCAUUUUUGGAGAAAUGUUUAUUUUAAACAUAUUUAUUAUCUGCUCCAGUAAAAGUUAGCAAGAGUAGUUAGAUAACUUUGUUCUUCAUAUCAUUUAUAUUUGUAAUAAUAAUAUAAUAAUAAUAGUUGUUGUUGUUGUUGUUGUUUUAUUUAUACCCCACCCAUCUGGCUGGGUUUCCCCAGCCACUCUGAGCAAUUUACAGCAUAUCUAAAAGCAUAAUAAAAACAUCAAGUGUUAAAAACCUCCCAAACAGGGCUGCCUUCAAAUGUCUUCUAAAAAAUAAUAUUAAUUGUAUUGCUUUUGGUCAGAAAAAUAGACUUAAUGUUAGAGAUAUAAGUUUGAGCUCUCGACUAUUGCCUCUUCUUCUCAAGCCAGGGCUGGUCCACACAUUCACUAGUCUAGCAAUCUCAUAUGCAUAAUGAGUAAGAAGCUGAUGUCUGUGUUGCCUGUUGCCUGUACAAUGUAAUGCCCUUCACGGGUAUAUGCAUAUGUACAAUUCCAACAAUCUCCCUAGCUCAAAGGCCAUGUGGAAUUAAAAAAUAAUCAUCAUCAUGUAGAGUUGUGUUGUGCUUGUGCUGGUGGAUAUAAGGCCAUUUGCUUCUGACCUGUGAAAGGGAUUUCUAGGUGGAGCUUAUCUCCUAUUCUGAAGUCAUGUUUACAUUCCCAGAGAAAAAUAUGGACUUGAAUGCUUUCUGUGUGUACAGAAUUUCCAGCUUGGUGAGUCUGUGAACCAGCCUUAUGAGAUAGCUCAUGUAAACAAAACAUUGUCAAAUUGUAAUAAGCAUAAUAUUAGAAAUGCUAACAUGUAGACCUUAAUUAUGUUACUUAAUUUAAAAAAUAUUGUUUUAUAGGCCUAUUAUCAUUUGGAGUCAAAGAAUCUGCAUGGGUGAAUAAAAUCUUCACUGCUGUUAACAUCUUGGUCCUCCUCUUCGUGAUGACUUCUGGUUUUGUGAAAGGCGAUCUUCAUAACUGGAGGAAAACAGAAGAAUUUCUUAUAAACUACACAGUAUACAUAGAGUAAUACAGGGGUUUUUUGUUUGCUUUACUGCUUUGGUUGCUUAGAAUGGAGACUUUGGAGCAUAAUGAUCUAUAAACUAUGUGAUGGGAUUUAAUAAUGUUUUAAUAAAAAUAAAUGUAACAUUUUAGAUUUGAUGCCCAACUAACUGUUGAAUCGUCAACUGAGAAUGAGGAAAGCAUUUUAUUUUAUUUUUGGUCAGAAGUGAGACAUUUUCAAUGACACGUUUUGGUUGUAAUAUCCUGGCUUGAUCCAAAGCUGGAAACCAUAAUUUCCAGCUUUUGGUGAAAAAGGAAAGUUGUAAAUUACAGGCUUCCUGAUUUAAUCACCUCAAAAGGGAAAACGGAAAAGCAAAACAGCUGCUUAUACAGGCAAAGGGUUUGUGCAUUUCUCAUCUUAUUAGGCCAACAUCAUCAUCCAAGCUAGUUCAUUAUGGUCCUCAUAGGCAGUUCAUUUUUCAUGCAGUGAAUACUGCUAAAUACCACAUCCGUACGUGGGGAAACCUGUCACAGAGCUGCAAAAUCCCUCUGAUAGCAAUAAGUAGGUAAAAGUGAGUUUAAACAUCCUGACAUUUUCAGUGCUUAAGUCCAAACCUGCAAUUUCAGUGUGCAUUGGGCUUUGAACCCUGCACUGUUUCCAUGCUCAGCUCAUAUCUUUCUAUGCUACGUAUGGGAACAGCCAUGGCAUCGAGACUUUAAAUGUACUUGGGGGGCCGUUCUGACACUUCAGGACAAAGGGCAACAAAGCAAAGAAGAAAAAGCACCUGUGCACAAUUAACCUUUGAUUUGUGUGUGUGAAUGUUGAGAGCCACUGUUGUGCACCCCCAACCACUCAAGUUAUGAUGUGGGGUUUGUAAGUCCCAUGCCUACACAGGAUACGAUGUAAUUAUUAUUAUUUGGUUUUUUUUUAAGAAACCUGUCAUCUUCUGAAAAUGUGACAAGUGCAUUUGGAGUUGGUGGCUUCAUGCCAUAUGGCUUUACAGGAACACUGGCUGGUGCUGCAACCUGCUUUUAUGCUUUUAUAGGAUUUGAUUGCAUCGCAACAACUGGUAAGCUGCCUUAAAAAAAAGGGGUCAUGCAGUUGAAGUUGUGAUUUACAUGUGCUGGAGCUGUAGUGUAAAACCACUGUGUUCCUAUAGCAUGAUCCUAUACAUUUUAGAGAAAGACCUGCAUAUGCAAUGCUAGAGUGCAUGCUUUGCAUUCAAAAGGAUCUUGGUUCUCAGGGUUGCCAUAUUUCAAAAAGUUAAAGUCCGGACACAAAAGUUGUUGACCUUUUUUAAUAGUUAUUUUAGUCGACAGUCGACACUGCUGACAUGAGUUGCCAUACGUCCAGAUUUUCCAGGACAUUUUGACAAUUUCCACCCAGACACUUUUCCCAAAUGCAGCAUUCCAGAUAUGUCCGGGGAAUUCUGGACUAUGGCAACCCUAUUGGUUCUUCACUUGAUGGCGUUUCCAGUUAAAAGGAUUUCCAGUAGCGGGGCUGAAAGAGACCUUUGCUUGAGUCUGUAGGCAGGUUGCUAAGCUUUUUGGACCUGUGAGCACUUUUGCAAACUGUACACACAGAGAUGCGCAGUCACACUGCAGCCUAUUCCACUGGCUACAACAGAAUGCUUCUUUCAAGCCUGAUUUUCAGCAUGGGAAAGGUGGAUGUAACCCUGUAACCGUUGUGGAGGGUCUCUGUGGGUGCAUGUGUGCCCACAGGCACUAUGUUGGCAACCUCUGUUAUUACUCCAGGUAAGCAUGCGUAGGAGUUGCAGAGCAGAAGCCACCAAACGCUCUGAUGCAAUCCUUGUUCAUUUCUCUCUUGGCCUGAAAAUCUUACCAACUCUGCCCCAUUCAUUCUGGAUCACAAACAGAAUGGCAAGAUCUGUUUCUUGCCGCACUUUAAAAUCCAUUCAGCAUGAUAAUGUGUAAUUGACAUAAAUUACAUAGGCCAAAAGAGAGACAUCUUGUCCUUCUUUUUAAUUUGUUGCAUGUUCUAAAAAGGCGUUAAAUUGGUUUUAAGAACCAUGUUAUCUGUCUCUCCAGGGCAUAUAUAUUAAGUUCUACUUUGUGACUUCAUGCUCAGUCACCCCUAAUAAUUGGAAAUAUCAUGCGUAGGCUCAGUACACUGAGAAUCUCUAAAACCUGCUUUAUCAGCCAGAGGUAGCAUACAGUGUUUCUAUGGUAGCUUUUUUUCACUCCUACAUUACACCAUUUGCUCCCUCACUUGGCUUAGAGAAUUCACAAGUUUCUAUCAAAGAGCUAUGUUUUCAUUUCCUCUUCCUCACUCCCUGUAUCAUCCAGGUUGGUUGGUUGGUUUUUGGCCUGUAGCAAUUUUUUGAACUUUCAUUGCAAUCACAGGCCAGUCCUAUCAGACAAAGCACUUUUAUCUUAUCUAAUUUGAAGGUGUUAUUGGUGACCCUGUAGUAGUGCCUCUGUGCUUUGCUUAAAGGUAAAGGGACCCCUGACCAUUAGGUCCAGUCGUGACCGACUCUGGGGUUGCGGCGCUCAUCUCGCUUUAUUGGCCGAGGGAGCCGGCGUACAGCUUCUGGGUCAUGUGGCCAACAUGACUAAGCCGCUUCUGGCGAACCAGAGCAGCGCACAGAAACGCUGUUUACCUUCCUGCUGGAGCGGUAUCUAUUUAUCUACUUGCACUUUGACGUGCUUUUGAACUGCUAGGUUGGCAGGAGCUGGGACCGAGCAACAGGAGCUCACCCCGUCGCGGGGAUUCGAACCGCCGACCUUCUGAUCGGCAAGUCCUGGGCUCUGUGGUUUAACCCACAGCGCCACCCACGUCCCACGUGCUUUGCUUACCUGCCCACUAUCCCAUUUCCACUACCUGUUUGACAACACCACCCAUUUCUCUCUCUCUCUCUCUCAGCACAAUAGCAGUUAUUUCUGAAUCAGCAUAUGUAGUACUGUGCUGCUGUGUUAUAUAAAUUGGUGUAUUUUAAAAUCUUCCCCCCAGGCCAAUAAUACUUGUUUUUAUCUUCACAAAUCACACAGAAUUCAAUUUAGACCAAUAACAUGAUCCCAUCUGGAGUCUCUGUAUUUUUCAGUAUUCCUGCUAGAUAAAAAGUAACGUAUUUUGUAUAAAAAAUAAAUCUCAUGGAUGCACUUUGCCCAGCUGGACACACAAUCUCACUGUUUGCCAUCUUCCGUACUCUUAUUCACACUAAGAAUAAAAUGUCGUUUUUCUCCAUAGGGGAAGAAGUCAAGAAUCCCCAGAAAGCCAUACCUAUUGGGAUUGUAACUUCCUUGCUUGUCUGCUUCUUGGCCUACUUUGGUGUUUCAGCUGCUUUAACUCUGAUGAUGCCGUACUAUUUAAUUGAUGAGAAAAGUCCUCUCCCUGUAGCCUUUGAGUAUGUCGGAUGGGGCCCAGCGAAAUAUGUUGUAGCAGUGGGAUCUCUCUGUGCUUUAUCGACAAGGUAAAAAUAAGGAAAACCUAAGUCAUUGCCAGGAAAAUGGAGCUAUUUUAAAAAGUUUUGAUUUAUUAGGUUUGCUAAACAGAGAUAUUUAGAAUAAUUAUGUAGUUUGUUACAACUCAAAUGUAGCUCAGCUGUGUAAGUCAACUAUUUAAGUUCUUAUUUUGUGAACUUUUUCCUUGUGAAAGGAAAAAUUACGUUCACAAGUUCAUCUCUUUCUACCUGUGCUAAUUUAUUGACCAUCAUAUUUGUUGAAUAUUGUUAAGAAUGCACUGGAGUGAUAUUAAAAUACAUGUAGUAGUGUGGGUAAUGAAAGUAUAUUUAAGUACUUUUUCCAGGCUCGGGUUCUUGUUUUUUUGUUUUUAAAAAGCAUAUAUUGAAAAUGCACGUUUUAACAUAAUUUUGGUGUCAAAUCAGGGGGAGUGUAAUUUUGCAGAAACCUUAUGUUCAAAUUUGUCUGAACUAUCCAAAAUCCAUCAUGAAAGUGUCUGCAUUUCUAAAUAUAAGCAUGUACUAAAGAAGCUGCAUCUAAUUUGGGCUUCAUAAAUCACUUACACUGGCUGCGUUUCCACUUGAAGUGACUUUACCAUAGGUUGGAAAACACACCCACAAUUAUUAGGAACACCCUUCCUGUCCUACUCAUUACGAAGUAAAUGUGGCUUAAUUGCAAAUUGCUCAAGCAAGCAUUUAGUGCAGGGAUUCAGUGUUUCUAAAACUUAUCAGGGCUGUACAAGCUUCCUAACAUUUGCAUAUGCUUAUUUUAUUAACAGUGCCAAGGCUGCUUAGCUGAUAUGGCAUUUAAAAUCAUACAGUUUAGCAUACACAGUGACCUGUUUAGCAUCCUGCAGUGAAUUAAGUAAGAUGUCACGUUUACUUCACUUUUGUCAAAUGCAGACAUAUGACUCCUAGUCGCCUGAUCAUGUCCCGGUGCCUCCAUAUAGGCUUGUUGCAGCAGGGACACUGCAUACAAGCUGACUGGGAUUAAUGUUUACAAGAGAGCAGGCAGGACCACAGACCUUGGGCCACCUUGUAAAAGACCCAUAAGAUAUCUGGGAAUCUGGCAAUGUGCAGAUUCUGAAACAGACCCCAAUCCAGUCCAAGUCCAGGAGGAUUGGAUCACUGGGUCUGUCAGAUUGUUUCCUGGAUCCUAUUUGGCAUGAGGGUUCCGUUAGAACACAGAUUGGGCAAAGAGGUACUUAACAAGAAUGAAGUUUUAGCCUUAAAUGACUUAAUACACGAUAUAAUGGGUUUUUGGCAUUUUUAAAAAGUGUUUUCUGAUAUUGCCUGUUUCAAUCCUGCUGCCUGGUGCAAUCAUUCAAGGUGCUGGUGACGCUUAAUUGCAUUGCAAGUAUUACUACAUGUUUUCUACUGGUAUACCGUUUUGGGGAAAAACUGCAGUGAAGGCUCAAGUUUCUUCAGUUUUGAGUAUUUUACUCCAACUGUUACAGGCAUUCUAAAAAUCAUAAAUAAAACAAAUCACAUGAUCACAAGUGACUAAUGGUGUAAUAUAUAGCAUUAAGAUAGUAAUAAUUAAAUUGAUAGAUUUUUCAGUCAAUUAAAAAAAAGUAAACCACAAGAGUUACCAUUACAAUUCACCAGGUUAAUCUAACAUUUUGGGGCCUUCCUCUGCAAACCUGGAGGUUUUGUGUCAGCAGCUUAUCUUUGAAAUAUGGGUAGGAAUAUUACCGUAAUUCUGUCUCAAUCAUUGGUAUAGGACAGAUCACUUAAUUAGGUUUGAAACAAACCUUUCUUCAGAAGAUAUAGGAAAUAACGACACAAGAAUUUUACUGUGAGGACCUUGUAAAGCCCAAGUAGAAAAGUGUAGUUGAGGUUCCACCCCUCCAAAUAUUGUGAGGAAAUCUUCGUGCCUGUGACAGAUGCAGUGUGAUCUCUGUGGUGAAGAAGGUGAGGGUGUUGCCCCAUACAGAGAAAUACAUUCUGUGAUCCCUGAAAGUGUAUGAAAUAGACCAUAAAGGCUGCAAAGUACUCUGUGCAUUAAAAAAGAACCCUGCACACAAUAUAUAAAAAUUAAUUGAAUAGUUGAAGAAACUUGUGUCUUAACUGCAGUGUGUCUCAUGUACAAUUUAUCUCCAUCCCAUCCCACGUUCCUGGUAUCGUAUGCUGUUAAUUGGCCUUGUUUCUUUUUUGCUCUAAUGCAUUGCAUGACUUUGUGUUGGCCAUGUUGCAUGUUCUUUUGCUUUUUAUCCAGUCUCCUUGGAUCCAUUUUCCCAAUGCCGCGUGUAAUCUAUGCUAUGGCGGAGGAUGGGUUGCUUUUCAAAUGUCUAGCUCGUAUCAAUCCCAAAACGAAGACUCCUCUUGUUGCUACUUUGUCAUCAGGUGCUGUAGCAGGUGAGGCUCUAAGCGAAUUUAUUAUCAGGAAAAGGGACAUCUUCACCCAUGAUCAAAUGUAGAUUCUGAAGCAGUUGCAGCUCAAAUGAUAAAAUGUGAAUCUCAAGAGUUCAACUAUUAAACCUUUGGUGUUUGUUUCCAGCCUCGUUUUUGGUUAUUAGAAGUGCAUUUUACACAUACAGUUUCCCUUUUCCUCCCAUGUCUGUGUUUUGGAUUGUCUGUUAGUGCAUAAUAUUCUUACUGUGGCAUUUGAACAAUUAAAUUUUUUUGUUCUAGUCUUCUGGGCUCUAUGUUCCCUUUGCCCCGCAUUCUGUUUGCCAUGGCACGAGAUGGUUUACUCUUUAGAUUUCUUGCCAAAGUGAGCAAGAGGCAGUCUCCAGUUGCUGCCACAAUGACAGCAGGGCUCAUCUCCGGUAAGCUCUUAAAGCAGGUCUUGCCUAACUGGGACCUCAACCCCGUUUUCACGUGCAAAAUUUAUGUUAAUAAGAUGGGCCUGCUUGCUAACUUUCUGUGCAUGCAAAUUGGGGACAAAACUGCUGACUAAUCAGAAGAAGCAACAAUUCUGAAUUGUGGUGGCGGUGUUGGCGCUGGUUGUGCAGGAGCAAGCUCGUUGGAGGACUUCUCCAAAGCUUUCCUCUGCUGUGACCAAUGGUACCUUUUAAUGCAUAUGCAAAGAAGGAAGUGUGGGUGAAUAGCUAUAAAACAUCCUUGCUUUCUCAUUGAAUUUUGCCAUUUGGGCUAUUUUCAUCCCAGCCUUUCAUACACUUCCACUGUAGUUAAUAUGUUGUUUAAAGUAUAUUUGACAAUUUAAUAACUGCAAAUGUAGCAUGAAAAGUAUUCCCCUCCCCUGCCAAUAUGACAUUAAUAUCUAAAGCUCAACAUAGAUAGUCCCUUCAUUUUAAACGGUGUUAAGAUUAAAUGUCUGGUUUUUUUAAAAGAUUAAAUAUUUAAUACAUGUCAAUACCAACAUAUAAGUGCUAAUUAUAUUUUGCUUAUACAAUAACUGGGGAGCCUGUGUGGUGUAGUGGUUAAGAGCGGUAGACUUGUAAUCUGGGGAACCGGGUUCGGGUCCCCGCUCCUCCACAUGCAGCUGCUGGGUGACCUUGGGCCAGUCACACUUCUUUGAAGUCUGUCAGCCCCACUCACCUCACAGAGUGUUUGUUGUGGGGGAGGAAGGGAAAGGAGAAUGUUAGUCGCUUUGAGACUCCUUCGGGUAGUGAUAAAGCGGGAUAUCAAAUCCAAACUCUUCUUCUUCUUCUUCUUCUUGAUGGCUAAAGUUUGCAAAAAAGAAAGCAGAUAAACAGAAGUGUCAGGAUAGGUAAUUUAGAGAAUAACCAUUUUCUUAAAUUGUGGAUUUAGUGCCGUCUUCCAAAUCUUGGUUGCAGUUUUAUGUGACUUCAAAGGAAAAUGCAAUGAUACCUCUUUGCUAGCUUCUAACUUUCAAUAUGUUAAAGCUAGACUUUGUUUAUUCAUAGUGAUAUAAUUGUAUGAAGGUUAAACAGUUUUAAGUUAAAAGUGUGAUACAACUGAACCAAUAGCAAGUUGCCCCUCUGAAAUAAACAGUGUAAUGACAUCUCUGUGUCCCUCAAAAUCAUGACUUUCUAGCAUUAAGCAUAGUUACACAUUGAAUGUACACCAGUGCAUAGUUCCCUUGUAAACUAUGAUCUGAAGCAGGAUUGCAGACCAUUUUUUGGAGGGACAUAAGCCAUGGUUUGCUUUGAUGCACAUUCCAUACCAUGGAUAAUUGUAGCCUGGGAAGGGAAAAUAGUUUUGUUAGAGACUGGCUACUGAUUUUAAACCCUUGGUUGCAGGCAGCUAGCAUGACCUCUGCAGAAUACAACAGUACUGGGUUUUGUUUUGUUUUUCAAAAACUUUUUUCAUCUGUGCCUUGCAUAAGCCCUCAAAUACUUUUGCUUAGUUUUAACACUGUUUUAAAGAGGGAUUAUCUUUUAUGAGUGCUUGAAAGCUCAACACUUUUAAUUCAUUGCAUGAGCUUUGUGUAGUAAAAGAAAAGAAGCAAGAUUUGAUAUGGGCACAGCGUACCAGGAACAUUUCCUAUUUGUGCCACAUUAAAAUGAGCCAGAAACAGCUUGCCUAACUCCCAUUUUUUAGCACGGGAGAUGCUCACAGUGUAUUUUGCCUAUUAUGUCUAUGCAUGUAUUUAAAUUAAUGGUGUCUGUUAUGCAAAAUGAGUUUAUACCAUUUUCUCAUGUGAAAGCCAAGUAUUGAAACUACUGUGUAAUGCCCUGAUUGUACCAAAUUUCAGAGGGGAAUUAACUCAGUUCCCCUGAAGGUUAUAAAAUGCUACUGCAUUACUAAAAUCUUAAUUUUGGCCAUAAAACGUUUAGAAAACAAUGGUUUGCUUCAAAUUGUAUGAACAUUUUAAAGACCCUUAAGGGCAAGCGUUAAACGUUAAUGGAGAUGGUAGCAAAUAUUCAUUUUCAGCUUAAUACAGACAUGUUUUUAAUACUAGCUCUGCUUUGUCUUGUUUUUCUAGCUCUGAUGGCUUUUCUCUUUGACCUAAAAGCAUUAGUAGAUAUGAUGUCCAUUGGUACGCUUCUUGCAUAUUCACUAGUAGCAGCUUGUGUCCUCAUUCUUAGGUGAGUUCCAAUUUUGGGUUAUUAACUAAUUUGUUAGGCAAUGUUGUCUAAAUCCUUAAAUGUUUUUGUUUCUGCCAUAAAGUUAUGUAAACAUGAAGUUACACAGACAGGAUACCCUUCAAAUGCAGAUUGUUCAUGAGAGCAACUACCUUAGUAUUUUGUAGAAGUUCACAUUCCGCUGCUGUACAAGUUUAGGUACUGCUGUAAACAGAGGAAUGGGAGAAUAAAAGUUGUUUGGCAUCUAGGGCAACUUGUAUGAAAUAAAGCUCUGUUGCAUAGUGGUUCUCACCUUUAAGUGCUUCUUUAAUGCUUUCCAUAUGAAGUUAGACUCCAAAUCCCAUCCUCCCUCACUGGCUGGGGAUGGUAGCAGUUGUCAUUGAGCAACCACACUGGAUAUCUCUGUUUUAUUAUGUGUACCUUUUUUGGUGCUGUAUAUGAAAUAAGUGACCUGCAGAGCGUAAUAGUUCCCUUUUCAGAGCUAGAGACAGAGAAAUGCUCAACACUAAGGCACCUCUAAGGUAGAAAGAUAUGCUUUCUUAAAAUAGCCUAAUAAAUAUUGCAUGCAAAUUCUGUCUUCCAUGUAUCUUCGGUUCGGUAAAGCAGACCUGUCUCUUGUGGUCUAAUCCCAGCUCUGGUUCCUUAUAAAUAUCCUGUGGACAAGGAGUUCGCCCCUUUGGUUGUGCUCUGCUCCCGGGGCUGAUGGGUUUACCAUAUUGAGGGAUUUCUGGGGCCAGUGGUGCAGUUAUUGAGAGUUAGAUCACUUAUAAUACAUAUGAAGGGAUUCACCAUAUAUUGGCCUUUCUGGUUAGGCCAGAAAUGGUCAUUAUCAGUCCCCAUACAUGUCAGGCAACCCUCCUGCAAUUUCCCAAGGAAAACACUUGAGUGUUUAUGUAGGGGUGUGCUGCUGGCCAAUGCUGCCUUCGGACACAUGGGCUGCCUUCAGUCAGUGGUGCCCAAUGCUCAUCUGGUCUUUCCUGGGGGAUGGGGAGGGAGGCUAGGCAGUGUAAUAGCCAGCAUUGUUGGGUGCCACUGCCCAAAGGCAUGCAGGACUCCUUCAGGCAGUGAUGCCCAAUACUUCCCCAGGUGUGACUAAUGCUGGCUUCUUUCCCUACCCUACUUGCUGUGCAUCUUUGAAACAUUAAGAGAAUGUGGACCUGAAUGUCCUUCCUGUAAUAUGCAGAUUUCAGUGACUGUAGGACUGCGUAUUGGUGGCAACUCUAGCUUCUAUUGCCUGAAUUAAAUAUCAAUAACUAAACAAAUGGUGCAAUAAUGUCACCCAAAAUAUAGUCAUGUCUUUUGCUUGCUGUAGGCCUUGUAGCUUAUAAUACAUUGUGCCUUUAAUUUUUAUUUUCUGUGAACCUCACCAUACACAAAUGUAUUUGUGUGUGUAUGUGCACAAACAGGUACCAACCCAGUUUAAACUAUGAACAGCCAAAAUAUUCAGCAGAAAAAGAGGCUCUUGCGGGAUCAGAGAGAGAAAGUACGAAUGAAUCUCAAAUGAGUAUGGUACCAGGACACAGUUUCAGCUUACAAACACUGAUUAAUCCAUCAAGUUUGCCCACGGAACAGUCUGCCACCAUGGUUAGCUUUCUUGUGUGUCUGUUGGGUAAGUCAAAAGCUAUCUAAAUACUUGGACUAUCUCGGAAAUGUCAGCUGAUAAGCAAAAUGCAUUUAAACAAAAUGACGGAUCAGAUUCACUUAUUAUUUUGAACUUGUCCAAAAUUUCAAGUAUGGAAAAAGAGGGAGAGGGGCCUAUGAAUCCCGUAUUAAUUGGUGUAGACGUGACAUCAAGUCUAAUUUUGUUCUGACAGCCUAAUUCAAAACAAAGGAAUGUACAGUAUUGGUUUUUACCUGUCAAUAUUGCUGAAGCUUUAUGUCACUUAAACAUUUGAGAUUUUGAAAUGCUCUCUUUGUUGUGUGUGUGUCCCCCCCCCCCCAAUUUUGAUUGCCUCUAUUUAGCUUUCCUGAUUUGUGGCUUAAGCAUUCUGGCCACCAACGGGAUUCAUCUUCUUGCUAAUCUGGAGCCUUGGAGUAUUUGUCUCCUUGCAGUACUUUCAGUGCUGUUUAUCACCAUUGUACUUGUCAUCUGGAGGCAACCUCAGAGUCAGCAGAAAGUAGCAUUUAUGGUAAGCAGUGGUGAUGGUAGUGGCAUCAGGUGCAAAACCUCACAAACAGGUUUUUUUGGGGGGGGGGUGCUGUGUAACUAGCUGCCCUUCUGGAGAUUACCACCCUGUCGCUUUAGUAGCUACCUUUCAGUUGAAUUAAUAAGUUAGCUGUUGCCUUAAAAAGAGCUUGACUGAUAUGGUACUAAAGUUGCUUUUUGUGGUAAGCCAAAAUAGUGGUUCUUGUGCAAAUUUGGCCUUGACUGUAGAAAGAGUUGAGAAUUCAUUUUUACUACAACUGAAACGUGUAAGGUUAGAUGAAUAUUUUUUUUAACAAUCUUUUGAUUGAUUGAAGAUUAAUUGGGCAGCAGAUCUUUUAAAAGUUUGUUUGUUUUUAAGGCAAAAGCUGUGGGCCACAGGAUCCGUUUUCCUUAUUUUAUCCUUCCCUAUUUUCCCUUGUGCAUAUAUAAAAUCUUGUGUAGCCCAUGUGUGUACUACCACUAAAUUGUGGUCCUCGCCUUCCCAUUGCAGGCCUAUCAAAAUUUAAUUCAUUAGUUCUGCAUUUAAAAUGCAUUAUAAGUAGGUAAUGUGUUCAUUGCAACUGGACUUAAGACACUUUGCCCUAUAACUUUUAUUUUAUUUUCAAAAUAUGGAUGUAUCAGUUCAGUAGAGCCCCUUUACAAAUUUAAUUAAAAGUAUGACACACAGAAUGUUUGUCAAAAAUACUGAAUUGUAAAAAAUUGUCCUUAGGUUCCACUCCUGCCAUUUUUGCCAUCUUUGAGUAUCUUGGUGAAUAUUUACUUAAUGGUACAACUAAGUGGAGAGACUUGGAUCCGGUUUAGCAUCUGGAUGGCGAUUGGUACGUAUUAUGUAGCUGAAUGUUGUUGUGAACUUUUUCUUGCCUCCCCCCUAAGCAGGGGCAAAAGCUUAAAAGCUAUUUUCAUACUGGGUGACCCAAGUGGACAUGGUGCAAAAAGAGCAUUUAGACACUUAACCUUGCUUGCUGAGCAAAGCCUGCUCAGCUUGCAGGUUCUAGAAGCAGCUCCAAAGGACACAAUUUUUGCACAUCCGCAUACGUCUUGGAACUGAAACCCCACAUAAGAUGAGGGAUUUCUGUAUAUAAUUUUUGAGAGUAGUACAGUGAUACCUUGGUUCUCAAACUUAAUCCAUUCCAGAAGUCUGUUCCAAAACCAAGGUGUGCUUUCUCAUAGACGGUAAGGCAAAAUGGAUUAAUCUGUUCCAGACUUUUAAAAACUACCCCUAAAACAGCAAUUUAACAUGUUUUUUACUAUCUAACAAGACCAUUGGUCCAUUAAAUUAAAGCAAUAAUCAAUGUACUGUACUAUAAAAUAAGACAGUAUUGUAGAUGAUGAAAAAUAAAAAAUAAAAAUUUCUUACCUGCACUGAUGAUUGUCAUUGUUUGGAUGGGGGGCUUUUAUCCAUUUCCGCAGUCACACAAUCAAUCAAUCAAUCAAUCAAUCAGUAGCUGAACCGGGUUCCACACAGUCACAAAAACAAAUUAACCGAAAAAGUCUCAAAAACAAAAACGCAAAAUAAAUGGCAAAAACAAAAGCACUAAACUUAAUCCGUCCUGGAAGUCUGUUUGACUUCCGAAAUGUUCGAAAACCAAGGCGCAGCUUCUGAUUGGUGCAGGUGCCCCGGAAACAAUAGCUGACAGCUGCAUCGGACGUUCGGCUUCCGAAAAAUGCUCAAAAACAGGAACACUUACUUUUGGGUUUUUGGCAUUUGGGAACCAAGGCGUUUGAGUACCAAGGCGUUUGAGAACCAAGGUACCACUGUACUAGAAUGGAAGCUUAGUGUGGAUUAAAGAAACCUAUGACCACAAGUGAUACCAAGAUCUGAACAAGUGUUCUGUUUUUGUAAUCUUGGGUAGAGCUACAGAAAUAUGACAAAACAGAGAAAACUUACAUCCCUUUCUUUUUCUCCUCUGGAAGGUUUCUUUAUUUACUUUGCUUAUGGCAUCCGACAUAGUGUGGAAGGCCGUCCUAGGGUGGAAGAUGAAGAUGACGAGGACGACAGCUGCUCCGAAAAAAGCGCAGCUGCAGAAAAGAACUAUGUAAAAGAAGCAAACGAGAUUGAAAAUGCAAGUGAAAGUGCUCAGUUUAUUACACAUGAAAGGACAAGUGAAUGUUAA